AUUACCUAAUUUCAGACCCAGAGUGAAUUUGACGGGCACUCUAAAACGUGUCCGGUUUGGAGCCACCUCUGAUUUGAACUUUUUUGAAGCGAAAAAUUGGGCAACUUGGAGGCAAUGGGUCAACACAAAGGAGUGGCUCAGUUCGAUUGACUCUGGCCCCAGAGCAAACUUCAACAUGCCAGUUUCCUUCCACAAACAUAUUUCGAGUGAAAAAUCAACGUUGAUGAUCGUUUUGGGUCUAUACAAAUUUGGCUGUCAAAACGUUCCGGUAUCGAGCCGUCUCCUCUACAAUGAAAUAAUUGAAGUUUCAAAUGAGCAUGUCAGAGACUGUAUCCCAAUGAACAGGUACCGUGGGUGUUGGCAGAUGUCCUGAGCUAUUGCUGCUUUCGUGAAGUAUCACCAGGCUGCAGCUUCUAGCACAGAAGAAAUAAAACUGUGGAAGCUGCUGGGCGGAUGGCUACAUUCAACGAGUUUUGCCAAUCCUGCAUAAAUCAGUUUUGCCGACCAGAUUGCAACUAUUUCUUGUAGCAACAGCGAAAAGACGUUUGUGCAGUACAUACCUUGACCGAGUACUGGCAGGGCCACUGCUCAGCCCAGUAUGGCACUAACAUGGCUGACAUUUCUGUUGGCAGCAGUAAUUGGAGUUGUUGCUGGAGUGUUGAUUGGCUGCAUAGGUGUGGGUGGUGUGGUGAUAGUGCCAUUGCUCAUACUACGUCAUGAUGUGGACAUUCACCUGGCCGUGGUAGCGUGUAUGGCUGCGUAUGUACCGGCUGGUCUGGCCGGAGCUGUGGCGUAUGUGCGCAAACGUGCUGUACCGUGGCACAGCGCCGUCUUCAUGUGCUUGCCUGCUGCCCUUGCCGCCCUGCUGGGAUCAUGGACGUUAGUCAGGCUAAGUGCUCAUGUAGUCAAGCUUGUGCUGUACAGCAUUAUGCUGGGCACUUCCUGCCUGUCUGCUGUACGCUCACUUCAUGCUGUUUGGACAGAGAAGAAAGCCGAGCAGCCCAGAUCUAUAGCUGGAACCCGAGACACGAUUGCGUCGGGUAUGUCAGGCUUUGAUCGUCAAAGCAAUAGUGGCGCUGCUAGUCUGGGUGAGGACUCAACUGCAUUCGAUGAUGGAGUGCAUAGUAUGGAACAGGAGCAGGCACGGCUGAUGGCACCUGACGGGGACGAGAAGGCUGCUGGUCCUGGUAUUCUUUCACAGAAUGGCAGAGAGAGACCGGUGGUGGUGGCGGGUGCGAGCACUAAUCACCGCCAGGUAGCCUCAGACACCAGUACGGACAAAGCUAUGUGCUGCUUUGGAUCACUAACAGGUGUACAGCUUGUGCAGGCUUUGCUGGUCGGCAUGCUGGCGGGAUUUGGUUCAGCACUGACUGGCACAAGCGGUCCAGUACUUCUGCUUCCCAUGCUCUUCAUUCUUCUCUGGCCUGCUCUUCCUGCUCUUGGCUGUGCUCAGGUUAUUCAAGUGCCGAUCGCCUGUGCAGCGACUGUAGGCAACUUGUUCUUCGCAACAUCUCAAGUUGAUCUCCAUGACAUGUUUAAGCUCGCUGGAUGCGUGGCUGCUGGACUGGUGCCAUUUGUCUUUGUUGGUGCUGCGAUAGCCGAUCACCUUCCACAAAGAACACUCAAGAUCACUGUUGCUCUACUGCUAGUUGUUGCGAGUCUGGUGCUGCUGCUCAGAGAAGUUCUAUAGACACCACUGAAGUAAGAUGAUACCAACGUCAAGUUCACUGGCCUCCUAAUUGAUCAGUAUUGCCAGAGUGACACACUGCGGUGGCAUGCCUACAACAUCAUACCAUUGUCAUCAGUGUUGCUUCUCACUGCAGCAAUGAAUCGGAGAGCUACGUGCUUAUGUAGCAUGCACAAGGCAUUAGUGGUGGUGAGACCAUGCACUGAUUACUCCAGCCAGAACCCUACUAUCUGCCCAGUCACGGCACCGGGACCAUUACCAGUCCGUCCGUAGUUUGUCCAUGCGCUACUCCAGUGAACUUCAAGCAUGCUGCAUACUACAUACUACAGAACUCCGGCAGUAAGCUGUCACCUUCGCCCAUCAUGUAUGACGAUGUGCCGACUCUUACAAAACUCUGGCAAUUAAGGCCGAUUCAUACUUCAUUUCGCGUACAAGAAAAGCGUCGCGUCGCGAAAAAGUUGAUCUGAGCUCAACUAUUUCGCGUACGGGAAAGCCGUAAAAGCCGACUUUCCCGUACGCGAAAUGAAGUAUGAAUCGGCCUUUAUGCAUCGCUGCACAAGGCCUCAUUUCACUCGUUCCGAAGUCAAGUUUGGCUACCGUUUAGUUGCCUUGAGAUUGAGAUUUCUACUUAUAGACUAAAUGCUAAACAGAACUGGAGGCCAUGGCAGGGCCAGGGUAACUCCGGUACUGUUUGCGACUAGGUGGCAGUUUUAACUUUUUAUUUGAAGCCAUGGCCCGAGGUCAUGAUACCCAUUUCCAAACCCACCAUAUUAUUCUAUUUACUCGAAGUAAGAAUUUUUUUAAAUGUGCACCAACUCGUCUGGUGAUUGUACUUAUGUCAAGUACCUUCGAAAGAAAAUGAGCUGCCUCUCCUGUGAGCUGGUUUGUAA